GCAUAUUAAAUCCAUAAUCACACUUAUCAAAUUAAAAAGUUAAGAUUAAAACAUAAUAAGCCAGAUAGAAGUUGAGAAUGGCGAACCCAAAGAAAAUCGGAACUCCUUGGCCGGAACUCAACGACGGUCUUUCCUAUCACGACGUCGUUCGACCCUCCGACGCUGGUUCAACACUAAUUGAAUUUUACUCCAACAAAUACAAAAGUUCAGCUCCAUUACAAGGUUGGUUGCAGCGUAUAAAAAAUGACCAGAUUACAGUUGAUGCAGGAGUUGUUACUGAUCCAAACACACUCCUCAGAGUUGGCUCAAAGCUUGUCUAUCAUAGAAUUCCGUGGAAAGAACCCGAUGCACCGCACAUCAUAGAAGUCUUGUAUGAAGAUGAUGACAUUAUAGCUCUGAAUAAGCCUUCUGGCCUGCAAGUUCUGCCUGGAGGUCUCUUCCAGCAAAGAACAGUUUUAACACAGCUUCAAUGGGAAACCAACAAAGAAAGUACCUCUGAAGUACACCAAAAGCCUCAGCCUGUUCCAGUGCAUCGUCUAGGGAGGGGAACUUCAGGAAUUUUACUAUGUGCAAAGACAAAACUAGCCCGGGCUAAUCUUGCAUCUUAUUUUGCUGAUGGAACAUCUCGCCUAGGAGGAAAAAGAGAUACAAACCAGGAGCUGGGGAAGAUUGCAAAGAUAUACCGAGCACUUGUGAGUGGGGUAAUUGAUGAUGACACGGUGACAAUUAAUCAACCAAUUGGAAUUGUAAAAUAUCCCGGUGUUGCUAAAGGGUUAUAUGUUGCUUCUCAAUCAGGGAAACCAGCACUCAGUGUAGUGGACAUUCUAGAAAGGGAUGUAAAAGAAAAUAGCACAUUAGUACAGGUGAAGAUCCAAUCUGGGCGACCACAUCAAAUCCGCAUUCAUCUCUCUUUCAUAGGGCAUCCUUUGUUAGGUGAUCCUCUUUAUACCGUUGGUGGGCAGCCAAAAUGCUUGGAUUUUGACUCCGUGGAUGAGAGUUUUGCUAAAGAUGGGGGUUAUCCAAGGCCUGCCAAAGCAGUUCCUGGAGAUUGUGGGUAUUCUUUGCAUGCACAUAAAUUGUUUCUCUCCCAUCCAAUAACUAAUGAGUUAAUCGAAAUUAAUGCUCCCCUUCCUUCCAUCCUCCAAACACUUGAAGAAACAGCUAUUGUGCAGCAGACAGAUGCUUUAGAUUAUUGAAAGAUGCUAUGCAGACAGAUGCUAUACACUUGAAAGACAAAUGGCCUUCUCUCGGCAAAAAUGUGGAAAUCUUGUUUUGUAGCAAAACGUGAACGAAGUUUGCCCCAAUUUUCUAGAACUCUAGUCUUCCCAUACUCAAUAGUGUUGAAAAUUAUAAUUAAUUAAAUAAAUUAUUGGUCCUGCGAAAAUAAAGGAAGGCAGGUGGGAAUAACUGAAAAAGUCAUUGCCCGCUCCGCUCUCUACGGCAUA